AUGUCUGGACGCGGAAAACAGGGUGGCAAGGCUCGAGCUAAGGCCAAGACCCGCUCUUCGCGGGCUGGACUUCAGUUUCCCGUGGGCCGAGUGCACCGUCUGCUUCGCAAAGGGAACUAUGCCGAGCGGGUCGGGGCGGGAGCACCGGUGUAUCUGGCGGCGGUGCUGGAGUACCUGACGGCCGAGAUCCUGGAGUUGGCGGGUAACGCGGCCCGGGACAACAAGAAGACGCGCAUCAUCCCACGUCACCUGCAGCUGGCCAUCCGCAACGACGAGGAGCUCAACAAGCUGCUGGGCAAAGUCACCAUCGCUCAGGGCGGCGUCCUGCCCAACAUCCAGGCGGUGCUGCUCCCUAAGAAGACCGAGAGUCACCAUAAGGCCAAGGGCAAGUAA